AUGGUGGCUCUAAUCUACUGUUUUCUCGUCGUGGUUCUCGCUGGAGCUCAGUCUUUCCAGCUGGACACCAGAGACCUUCAACUGCAGCAGAUAAUGCAAAUGUUUUCCGACGAGAUGAAGGCGUUGAAGAAUGAAAUGGCGGCAACGUUCGCUGAGGAGAUGAAGACCUUGAAGAUGGAGGUGGAGGACAUGAAGAAGACCAUGGAUGUUGGCCUUGCAGGAGAUGAUGUUGAUGACGUACCGAGGAACAAACGCCAGAUUUCUUGUGAAGAUGUAACAGGUCACGUGGGUCUAACUGACCCAUUUGAAGCAUCGGGUUGCAUCAUGGGUCUCCAGGGUCCGCCGGGCCGAGACGGUCGGGACGGUGACCCAGGUCGGGACGGGGCUGCGGGACGAGACGGGCAGCCGGGACCACAGGGGCCGGCGGGACCGAGGGGUGACAUCGGGCCGGAGUCUCUUUAUUCCGUAAUAUCUGUUGCAUACGCGCACAUACAGGGGCCUCCUGGACAGCAGGGAGAGACGGGAGCGGACGGGAUUGGAGGAGGUUCCGUGUACAUCCGCUGGGGAAGGACCACCUGUCCGAAUGUCACCGAAACGUCACUGAUUUACGACGGUAUCGCUGGAGGCUCACACUACGCUCACAGUGGAGGAGGCGCCAACUACGUCUGCCUACCGAAGGAGCCUGAGUGGGGAGUCUUCACGGAUGGAAACCAGGGUACCGCGUACAUGGCGGGGGCGGAGUAUGAACUCAUAGAUGGAAACAACCCCUUCCAAGGCACCUCCCUCCAUGAUCACGACGUCCCCUGCGCUGUCUGCCACGUGGCGUCUCGCGGCUCCAAGCUGAUGAUCCCCGCCCGUCUCAGCUGUCCUAGCGGCUGGACCCGGGAGUACAAGGGGUACCUCAUGACCGAACAUCGCACUCGCUACCGCACCGAGUUCGUCUGCAUGGACGGGGAGCCCGAGACCAGGCCCGGCGGACAUUUGGACCAAAACGGCGCGCUGCUCUACCCGGUGGAAGCCAGCUGCGGGGCCCUGCCGUGUCCCAGCUACGUGCAGGGCCGUGAGCUGACCUGUGUGGUCUGCACCAAGUAACGGCCGCGUAAGAUUGGCAAAUAAGGCAUUGACCACUUUGAGUCCAAUGCAAAGCCAAGUAG